AUGGGCGAUCCUCAGACCAGGAGAGUCCAAACGCUAGCAGCGCACCUGAAUCCAGUGCAGGAACGUCAAGAGAACUCCAGGCAACCCGUACUUUUAGCUACUGAAGCGUCCACCAGCAGCUCGCUCCAGCAAUCCAACACUGCCAGUUCUUCAUACGAAAGGGUGCAUGGCAAAGUGUCAAGGCUGCCAGCAGCUUGGAGGAACAUUCCUGUGGUGCACGGCGAGACGCUUGAAGAUGUCAGAUACGAGAAGGCUGACGAGGGCAUUGCGAAGAUAACCAUCAACCGGCCAGAGAAGAGAAAUGCCUUCCGGCCGCAGACAACAGAGGAGAUGAUGCGCUGCUUUAGCGAUGCCAGGGAUGACCCAAACAUUGGCGUCGUCAUCCUUACAGGGGAAGGAGCAAAGGCGUUCUGCAGUGGGGGGGACCAGAGUGUCCGGGGAGAGGGCGGCUAUGUGGGGCCUGACAAAAUCCCCCGUCUGAAUGUCCUGGACCUGCAGGUCCAGAUCAGGAGGCUGCCCAAGCCGGUGAUAGCCAUGGUGGCCGGCUAUGCUGUGGGAGGGGGGCAGAUCCUGCAGAUGAUGUGCGACAUAACGAUAGCUGCGGAGAAUGCAAUUUUUGGGCAGACGGGCCCCAAAGUGGGCAGCUUUGACGCAGGCUAUGGGUCGACUCAGAUGGUGCGGUUGGUUGGGCAGAAGAAGGCGCGAGAGAUCUGGUUCCUAGCGCGCCUGUACAAUGCACAACAGGCGCUGGACAUGGGGCUUAUAAACACCGUGGUCCCCUUGGAGAGGCUGGAGGAGGAGACUCUCGUUUGGUGCAGGGAGAUUCUCAGGAACAGUCCCACCGCCCUGAGAGUGCUCAAAGCCGCACUCAAUGCUGCGGAGGAUGGGCAGGCUGGCAUUCAGGAGCUCGGGGGCAAUGCAACACUGCUGUUCUACCAGACAGAGGAAGGGAAUGAAGGGAGGCGGGCAUACCUGGAGAAACGGCCCCCAGACUUUACAAAAUUUCCUCGAUAUCCUUGA